CAUGGACGGCACGGCGUCGCGUCGGUGUGUCAAGUGCGCGGAGGGCAGGCCGGUGGUGGUGAUCCGCGCGGGGGACGCCUUCUGCAGGGACUGCUUCAAGGCCUUCUACACACACAAGUUCCGAGCUGUGCUGGGCAAGAGCCGCCUCCUCUUCCCCGGAGAGAAGGUGCUCUUGGCGUGGUCUGGGGGACCUUCGUCCAGCUCCAUGGUGUGGCAAGUCCGUGAGGGCCUGAGUCGGGAUUCUGCCAAGAGGCUGCGCUUUGUGCCUGGGAUCGUGUAUGUUGACGAGGGCGCCGCCUGCGGCCGGAGUGCAGAGGACAGGGCCAAGACCCUGGCUGAAGUGAGGCUCAUUCUGGAUACUGUUGGGUUCCCGCACCACGAAGUCACCCUGGAGGAGGUGUUUGACCUGCCGCCCUCAGUGCUGCACUGCCCUGUCCAGGAGCCGGCGCAGCCCCAGGAGGCCUACAAGGCGGCCGUGGGCAGCUUCCUCCAGCAGCAGCAAGGGUUGGGAGCCCAGGACGGCCCCUGGCCAGCCCCAGGGGACAAGCAGCUCCACCCCCAGCACGGCCUAGGCCCCCAGAGCUGGGCUGGGCAGCCAGUGGACGACCGGACCCAGGCGCUGCGUGAACUGUUCGAGUCUGCGAGGACCCUGACGGCCCGGGAGGAGCUGCUGCAGACCUUGCGGACCCACCUAAUCCUGCAUGUGGCCCGAGCCCACGGCUACUCCAAGGUAAUGACCGGGGACAGCUGCACGCGCCUGGCCGUCAAGCUCCUGACCAACUUGGCACUGGGCAGAGGGGCCUUCCUGGCCUGGGACACAGGCCUCUCGGACGAGCGGCACGGGGACGUGGUGGUGGUACGGCCCAUGCGCGACCACACCCUCAAAGAGGUCGCCUUCUACAACCGCCUAUUUGCCGUCCCCUCUGUCUUCACGCCGGCCAUCGACACUAAGGCCCCCGAAAAGGCCAGCAUCCAUCGGCUGGUGGAGGCCUUCGUCCUGAGGCUGCAGGCCCAGUUCCCCUCCACAGUCAGCACUGUGUACAGGACCAGUGAGAAGCUUGUCAAAGCCCCCCGGGAGGGCUGUGCCACCGGUGCCCGCUGCCUGCUCUGCCUGUGUGCACUGGACGUUGACGACACUGACAGCGCCACAGCGUUCGGGGCUCAGAGCUGCUCACGGCUCCCUCCCACACGGCCACCCCCUCCACUGGCUGAGGCAGAGACGCCCCCUGCCCCCUGUGGCCCUCCAGGCCCAGUCAGGGCCCAGGGCUGCAGCCGCAGGGAGGAUGCCCGGGCCCAUCUCCUGGAGCUGCUGUGCUACGGCUGCCGGCUGAACCUGAAGGAGCUGCCCUCCCUGAACCUGCUGCCUCCCUACAUCCAGGCUGAGGCCCAGCUCCGCAGCCAGAGGGCCUGGGUCAGGCAGCAGAUCCAGGAGCUCCUGAUUGAGGACACCAGCGACGGGCAGGACGGGCAGAGCUGUGCUGCAGGGAACUCCUGUGAUGCCUCCCUAUAAAUAAAAUUACGUUUUUAAUUAGAAAACUCUACAGUACACUGGGGGAGGGGGAC